CACGCGAAGGCAGGGGCUCAUCUCUCGCGAGGAACGGCGCCGUUAUCGAAAUCUCUACAAACAACACGAGAAUUCAUCAUUCACACGCUGUGAACAAUGUCUGAGCAAGAGCUGGAUGAAAUUGUGCAAAUUACAGUGGAGGACUUUAACCAGAAUGACCGUACAGACAUGCUGGACAGUCAUGAGGACGAUGAAGAAAGGCCUCAGAAGAAAAAGAGGAAAUUAAGUAACAGUCAAGAGAGCAACAGCAACAACCAAGACAUACAUUUUAUCAAGAACUUCUUGGUUUCAUUCACCACAUCAAUCAGCCACCGGUUGGAGGGAAUUGAGUCAAAGUUACAGGCUCUGGAUGCCACAUGCAAAGCCCUUGGACGUAAACUGGACAGCAUGGUACCCUGUGCCAAGAGUCCUAUCCAGGUUCCUAUGAUUGCAGGGUCGCCUCAGGGGGCCACUCAAACUUGGAACAAAGUGCGAUGUGUUGUUCCACAAACAAAUGUGAUAGUGAGCAGUGAACACCCAAAGGGCUCUACCCAAGAGGACACCCCGCUAGAGAACCUGCUAAGCAACACUGUGACAAGGCGGCGGCAGAACACAAUCCUGGUAAAGGUGCCGGGCCCUGAGGAGAGUCAGGAGGAACAGGAGAGCGGCUCAGAGGCCAGUGACUCUGUUUCCAAUGGUGGCCAUUCAAGCAACGCGCAAAAUGGCCAAAAUGUCACACUCAUCACACUCAAUUCAGAAGAUGAUUAUCCAGAGGGCACCUGGUUGGGUGAUGAGAACAACCCAGAGAUGCGAGUUCGUUGCCCGGUGUCUCCAGCUGACAUGCUUCAUAUCAGCACAAACUGCCGUACAGCAGAGAAGAUGGCACUGACGCUGUUGGACUACCUGUUCCAUCGAGAGGUCCAAGCCAUGUCAAAUCUCUCAGGGCAGGGCAAACAUGGCAAGAAGCAGCUGGAUCCGCUAAUGAUCUAUGGCAUUCGCUGUCACUUGUUCCACAAAUUUGGCAUCACCGAGUCAGACUGGUACCGCAUCAAGCAAAGCAUUGACUCAAAGUGUCGCACAGCCUGGAGACGCAAGCAACGUGGCCAGAGUCUGGCUGUCAAGAGUUUUUCCAAACGCACACCUCGCACUUCAGUCACAGAGGGAGGCCUCGCAGAAGAAACAGCCCACAUUGAGACUGCCACUCAACAAACCUUGCACUACACGCUGGCCAAUCAGCAGGUCCAAUUUCACCGUAUUGGCGAGGAUGGACAAGUUCAGGUGAUUCCACAGGGUCAGUUGCAUAUUGCCCAGGUGCCACAAGGAGAGGAGGUGCAGAUCACACAGGACAGCGAGGGAAACCUCCAGAUCCACCAGGUGCAUGUCGGUCAGGAUGGACAGGUGCUGCGUGGGGCUCAGCUGAUAGCGGUGGCGUCAGCUGAUGGAGGGGCCACAGCAGUAGAGGGCUCCCCUCUCCCCCCUGACAUCCAAGUGCAGUAUGUCCAACUAGCCCCCGUUGCCGAUCACACAGCUGCCGUACAGGCUACUGAGCUGGCCCCAGCCCUGCAGACGGACAUGGAGGUAAAGGAGGCCAUCCAGGGUGCCAUCCAGGGUGAGAACGGCGAGGUGGUCCAGAUUGUCACCUCUGUGGCCACCUGAGAGCCCACGUCUGGUUCAACACAGCUCAUAACUCUGCCCUACAGCAUGGCCUGACUAGGCUCAGUGGAACAUUAGAGGUCAACAAGUGCAUAAAGUCUGACAAGCAAUCAAGUCAGAAAACUUUUUUAACAAAUACUGAACAUCACUGAUGAAAUGGAGGGAAGAAGCAUUUUUCUGUUUUGUUUUUUUUUUUUUUUCCCUGCAAACUCCUCAAUCCAUUGCCAACCAGAUGUCGCAAUGUGGAAAUGUUCACAGAGAACUCGAAAAGACCCUGAUACUCCAAUCAACUGUGGUGUUUUCAUCACCAAAGGGACCUGGCCCACUGCAGAAUACACAGUGGGAUUAUUGUCUAUCCAGGGAGAAUGCUGCUUAUGGAGCCCAUCACUCUGCCACUUCAUCAGCACACAUGCUUGUUUACAUCAACUUUGGAAAAUAGUGGUUAUUUGGAGUUUAGCUGCUUGGCUAACCCUGAAACCCUUAUAAGGGUUUAUAAAAUCUCUGAAUCCCACCUCAAACAACCAGGACUGUGCUCCUCUUCUCAGCAUUUUCUGGCAGUUCUUGUCACGGUGGACUGCAGUGGAAAGCAGAUUUAGCUGAGACAGCUACUCUUGGUUGUGACUAAUUUGCUUUCCUGUGAGCCCUACCUUCCUUUAUUUUGUUCAGCUUGUUUUCAUAUUACUUUAGCCGCACAGCUUUGUUUUUUUGUUUGAUUUAUCUUAUUGUAAUAUGCCGGAAUUUUUGGAGAGCUUUAAUUUCAGAGGUAGAAGACCAUGAAAUAGAAAAGAUGGUGCCAGUGGUAGACAGUACAAGUUGCUUGUAGGCUUGUAGAAUACCAAGGAAACCUUGAAGUUCUUUAUUUCCCCCAGUUUUGUCUCUGUGAAAGAUACAUUCAUGUGAAUAAAACAUGUUUGUGGUUGCCAUAAAAGUGUGUUUUUAUUUUGUUUUUUCUCUGUAUUUACUCUUUAUUUCCAUCAGCCGUGAUCAUCAAAGUAGCUUCAAAGUUUUCCAAGAAAAUGACUGCUUUCAUCCGUUACAAAUAGACAAUUGAGGAAAGCGUGAAAUAAUAGUUUGGUUUUGAGGUCUUGUUUCAUGUUGAGCAAAUUUAUUUACUAUUUUUGAAGUAAAUAUGUAUCAUGUCAACUUCAAUUACAUAUAAUAAGAUUAGGCUACUGUAAUGUCAGCAAUCUUGACAAAAUAGACAGCAAAAACAAGCUUUGGUCUUGUCUCUUGCUUUGUCUUAAGACUGUAAUUAAUAUGUUGGCCGCAUUAUAACAGUUUCUGAUCUGUAAUUGCUUUUCUUCAAAAUCCGCAAUGUGCCCACUAAAUGGUUAUGUUUUUCUGCCAGUAAAAACGCUGAGAAUGUAUUGUUGUGUUGUGCUGGAGUGAUGCUCCUCUAAUGAUGAAUAUCUCUGCAGUCAGCGAGAAAGGAGAUAAGUGAGACACUCCAAGGCUGUUGGUUUGGGGAAGUUUCCCAUGCUCAGUGUGAUGUAAUAGUGUAUUUUGGAGUUGGGGAAAGAACCAAGCGACAAAAUGAACUUGAUAAAACAACAUCCAUGGUUUUGGCUGCUUCCUCUUGUUUCCUUUCAGUCUGUUGUUGCUGUCUCUGACCCCCUUUAAACUGCCUCUUCAUCUUGUCUAUUCCCCUUUCUGCCUCUCCUACGUAUUUGUCUUCUCUCACUCAACUUGGGUUUUCCCUCUCUCUCCUUUGGA